CGAGGACUGUUGUUCGAAAUUUUGUAUAUGAAAAAAAAGCAAAUACAGAAUUUCUUAUUUAUUUGCAUUCACAGACAACAAAAAAAAAAAAAAAAAUUUUAAUUUUUUUUUUUUGAAAAAUUUCUUUAUUUAUGUUGCACCUUGUAAAAAAAAUUCAUAUCAAUAAGCAACAAGUUUGGAAAAAUUAUAUUUUUCCAUAUUUAAUCAUUUUUUUAUUGCUAUUUUUUUAAAUAAAAAUCUGGGAUUUUUACAGAAUUUUUUUUUUUGAAAAAUUAAAUUUUGUCAAUCAAAAAAAUCCCAAUCAAAAUUGGGAGUAAAUUUUUAUUUAAAAAUCAAAAAUGAUAGUCUAUAAAAUUUAGAAACAAUAUAAAAUUUACCUAAUUAUUUUAAGAAAAUUAUUCUUUUCGCGAGAGACAAAAAAAAACAAUUUGAUAUUAAAAUUUUGUAAAAUUGCAUUUUGUAACAUGUGCAAGUGAAUAAAUGAUUUUUUUUUAUUUAUCAAGAUUAAUGACAACAACGAGGGAAAAAUUCUCGAAAGGAUUUACAAGAAUUUAAAAAAUAAAUAGGAAAAUAAUUUUUUAUUCUAAAUAAGAAACAUUAAUGUGUGUGUGUUUUUUCUACAUAGAGGAAAAUAUAGAAAACAAACGUGCGUGCAAUAAAGCAAUUUGUGGUUGUAUCUUUCAACAGUGAUCCUUUUUUUUUUGCAGAAUUUUUCUGCAAAUAUAGAUAUAAGUGGAAUAUGAAUUUAAAAUAUAUGGAAGAACCAAUAACUAAAGAGAAGAUUGAUAUAGAAAAAUUAAUUGCAAUUAAAAAAAUACUCACUAAAAGAAAAAUAAAACAAAUGAAGAAAGAUUCUUUAUCUUGAUUAACGAAAUAAAAAAAAAAAAGAAGAAAAAAAAGAAAAAAGAGGAAAUUGCUCUACAAUUCUUUUUUCUUUAUUCCUAUGAAAUUGAUUUCGUUCACGAUUUACGCGCGAAAAUGAGAAAAGCGGAGCUUAAGUGUUGAACGUCUCCUUCACAAUGCGUGACAUGCAACGGAUCAAUCAGGACCGUUGCGAAAUGCAAAUGCAUCAACGAAAAACACGAUAACGAACAAAUGGAAACUGACGGUAAUUUCAGUCUGCUUCAAAGGUUGGUCAUGGAUAACUAUGGAAACGAAAGUUUUUACAACGAAACAUUUUUUACUGACAAUUCAACAAUAAACGAAGAUUAUAUUUUCGACCGAAUUGAAGUGAAAAUAAUAUUCAUUACUCUCUACUCUAUUGUCUUCUUCUGCUGCUUUUUUGGAAAUUUGAUGGUAAUUUUCGUGGUAACAUUCUCCCGUCGACUGAGGAGCAUCACAAACUUCUUCCUGGCAAAUUUGGCAGUCGCUGAUUUAUGUGUUGGUAUAUUCUGCGUCUAUCAAACACUAACAAACUAUUUAAUGAACAGUUGGCAAUUGGGCGAAUUCCUUUGUAAAAUCUACAUGUUCGUUCAAUCAUUAUCUUAUACGGCAAGCAUUUUGAUUUUGGUUGUUGUUUGUACAGAAAGAUAUUUGGCAAUAAUACAUCCUAUCAAAUGCAGAUCAAUGUUAACGCGAAGCCGUUUAAGGGUCGUUAUUGGAAUUGUGUGGUUGAUAGCCGCAAUCUAUGCAAUACCACGUUUUGUUUAUGUUGAAACGAUUAAUCAUCAAUUGGACACGGGCGAUAUUGAUGUGAUUUGUAUAGUUAAUUUUAAGAGUCACAACAAAGCGGCCCUCGAUGCUGUUAAUUUAAUAUUCCUCUAUCUUUUUCCAUUGUUUCUCAUGUGUUGUCUUUAUACGAGAAUUGCCGUUUCACUUUGGAAAAGUGGUGCAGCACUUGGAGGACCUGGUCUCGUUGCAAGAACGAGAAAUGGACGAGUUCAACAUAUUCACACUUCGAGUAGAAAUGUCCUUCGAGCUAGACGUGGUGUCAUAAGAAUGUUGAUAACCGUGGUGGUGAUGUUCGCGAUAUGUAAUUUACCACAACAAGCAAGAAUAGCGUGGCUCCAUUGGGAUCCAAAUUACAGCCGAACAUCGGACUUUAGUACAAUACUGACAGUGUCAACGUUUCUUGUUUCAUACAUGAAUUCAUGUUUGAAUCCAGUAUUAUAUGCAUUUCUCUCGAGAAAUUUUCGUAAAGGAAUGCGAGAACUUUUAAUGUGUGCUAAUCGUGAUCAAAGUGGAAGAUUGGGUAUCGGAUGUACAAGUGGUGAUGUUGCUCGUCACGAAAGCGGACUUAAUACAAAUAUAGCACAUAGCUCGAUGGUGAGAUUAAGUUCUGUUCAUGAUAGUCCAUGCUCAACACAAACUGUCACACGACAAGAAACAUUAGGUCCUUGUUCUUAAAGGAAAUUAUAUAGAGGACAUUCAAAAUCGUUAAAUUCCAUUGACAAAGACAUUACUGCAGUUUCAAUUUCAAUCUGCUUGUCACGUUGGUCUUUCCACAAGAGACCCUUAAUUAGUAAAGUGCAGAAUACUUAACUUUAGUCCAAAGUUUCUACUACUAUUAAACCAGUACAUCGGAAGUAACAGUGUCGCAUGUGAAUGUUAAUGUCCCUCGAGUCCAACCACUGACCUUUAAAAGAAUAGCAGUUAAUGUGUCUAGAUUUAAGUUUUUCUUCACGUUCUCCAUUUUCUUUAAACUCUAUUUUUGCGCCAAAAUAGAAAACAAUUUAAAAUAUUAUCGAAAGCAAAUUAAAAAUAAUUGGAAGACCAAUUUCAGUAAAAACUCAAAUUGAAAAAAAUGAAUGAAAAACUAAUUCAAUCGAUUUCUCCUUUAAUCUUUUACUUUCAAAAAAAAUAUAUAAAAACGUUUUGACGCCUUUCCAAUACCCCUUUCUCAGGUGUCAGAAAUGUCGAAAAAAUAUAUAAAAACAAUAGUUCUUAAAUAUCAUUUCUAUAUAGUAUUUUCAUCUCUAAAGACAAAUUUUUCCCAACUUGAAAGUUUUAUAUAUAUAUAUAAAAGAGGACCGAAGAAAAAACUUUAGAUCCUCUCUUGAUUCUUUCUUUUUUCCCCUUACUCUCUUUUAUUUCCCUUUAUAAAAAGAUUGUAACACAAUCAAAAGUAUUAGGAGAGAAUAAAAAGAAGACCCCAAUAAGAGGAAUUAGUUUUCAUUCUAUAUAUAUAUAUAUAUAUAUAUA